CUGGUGAUGCUCGCCAUUCUGCGGAGAUCCAGUAGGCUAUUUGUCCUGCGAGACUUUCUUGCAUUUCUUGGACGGCCAUCGAACCGGUCUAUGUAUCUUUGUCGUGACGGCUACUCCAUGUCUACCCCCUUGGAAUGAACUAUCAAGCCAUAUGUCUUAUCUAAAACAUCUAUCACAAAUACUUUUCAGAUUAUAGCAUAGGCGAUCCCUUCGGCUUGGGUAGCGGCGCGUCGCCUCAAUCGAGAUAUGAACGAUGAUAAAGAUCGACCUCCGAGCACGGAAAAAAGGUCGCUUUGCAGGAAGUUCCGAAAUCAAUUUAAUCCGAGGCCUGCAGAAGAUGAUGGGCCACAAGACUGGUGGAUCGCAUCUACUGCUAUUCCACUGGUAGCAGCUACCACUGCUCCUCUCGCAAACCUCAUGUCUAUUGUUGCCCUUGUGAUGCCGUGGAAAAGCAAGCUACUUGGGCACACCGCAUCAUCAGGCGCACCAGCGCAGGAACUCAUCAGUGAUCCUCGAUGGUGCAUAGCUCUUAAUGCCACAUCACUCGCAUGCGGAAUCGCAGGAAACGUGUUUCUUCUGGUCAACUUUACGCGCACUAUGCGAUACAUCAUAGCCUUGCCCGCAUCUAUCAUCCUCUGGUGCCUGGCCACAUCGAUUCUGAUCGGUAUAACUGUUGCUACGAACAUAUAUGACGGUCCCGUACCACCUGAACAGACCUAUUCUCAGGCUUACUGGAGUGCGGUCAUCGCAGCAGCUCUGUAUUUCUUCCUCACCGUUAUCCUAAUGAUCAACAUGCUGGGAUAUGUUCUGGGGCACUAUCCUCAGUAUUUUGCUCUUACUGACGGCCAGAGAACAUUGAUAUUGCAAACUACUGCAUUCGUGGUGUGGCUACUAAUAGGUGCUGCUAUUUUUAAUGCUGUCAUUGAUGACAUAUCGUUUGGCGAUGCACUAUAUUUCUCAGACGUCACGAUCCUGACAUUGGGGUACGGCGAUAUCACUCCUCCGACUUCGGUCGGCAAAGGCCUUGUAUUUCCCUAUGCGGUGAUGGGCAUCAUCAUCCUGGGUCUCGUGGUGGGAAGCAUCCACGACUUUGCCCGGGAACUGCAAUACGACAAUGUUGUGCGAAAGCACGUCGAAAGAAAACGGCAAGCUACUAUCGAGCACUCUAUUUCACUAGAACCAGGGGCAGCGGAUCCGCAUAUCAAUGACAAAUCCAGGCAUCGACCCAAACGUGGCGGACGCAGUGCUAUCGACGCACUUUCAUUGGUAGGCCGACCAAAGCUCCUCAUCAUGAGGGAAGAAAAAGACCGCUUCAACGCCAUGCGAGCAAUUCAAUACGAGACCGUUCUCUUCCGGCGGUGGUACAAUCUAAUAUUGAGCGUCAUCAUGUUCGGUAUAGUCUGGACGUGCGGUGCCGUGGUCUUCUGGCGCCUAGAACAAAUCACAUACUUCCAAGCUCUAUACUUCGGCUUUUGCUCCCUCCUCACGAUCGGAUAUGGAGACAUCACACCCACCACCAACGCAGCGCGGCCCUUCUUCAUUGUCUGGUCCCUUCUCUCCGUCCCAACAAUGACAGUUCUGAUUUCAGAAAUGAGCGACACAAUCGUCGUUGCAUUCAAGCACGCCACUAGCGUUUUCGCAGACUGGACCGUUCUCCCACAGUCCGGAAAAUACCGAGAGUUCCUCCGUAAAUUCCCAAUCCUCUAUACUACUCUCCAGCAUCGCGAAGAAAACAGACGGGUAACCGAAGGCUUCCACGUCGGGUUGGAUAACGAAGAAAGAGGCACAGGAGCAGAGCACCAGCACGACUCCGAACAUCCACCCGCAAGAUCGCUCAAAGAACUCGCCAGCGAGCCAGACACAACUUCAGGCACGGGAACAGGAUCAACAUUCCACUUUGCACAGCAACUCGCAUACGCGAUCCAGCGAACUACCCGAGAUGUUGUAGAAGGGGAGCGGAAACGAUAUACCUACGAGGAAUGGGUGGAAUUCACACGACUGAUUCGCUUCACAGACCCCAGCCCAGACGGCGUGGAAGUUCAAGAAGAUGAAUACGGAAUCCUGAAUUGGGAUUGGAUCGGUAAGACGAGCCCAAUGUUAGCCACGCAGACCGAACCAGAAUGGGUUCUGAAUCGUCUCUGCGAGAGCCUGAUUCGGUAUGUCGAUAUCCAAGCGAAGCAGGCAGCCGGCACGACGAGAGAGGAAGACGAACCGACCUUGAGGAAGCAAAGGGAGAUUAAGUUCGAGGAUCAGUAAAUAAUUUAUCUACUUCAAUUUUUGUAUAUACAUAUAUUUUUCUUGAUCUUUUCAGACCAUUUCUCUCAAUUGGAAUAUUAUAACAGACUCUGAGAUCGAAUAGAAC